CAUCCGAUGUUUGCUAAACAGAUAGAUGGCUGCCCAGAGAAGUUAUUUGCGCCUAAUUUCCGCACAAAGCCAACAAAGAGAUCAUGGCGGCCGUGUUGCAGAGGCUCACAAAAUGAGUCAGUCUCUGCAAGGCUCGGUGGCUCGCAACACAACUGAGACAUAGAUUUUUAAAUGACCAUGGAGGCUGGUGCAGACACACAGCAAAGUGGUGAAACAGCUGUCUCGGAGUCUGAGGCCCAGCAGAUCACCCUGGCCCAGAUAGUGUAUGAUUAUGGGUUGCAGGCAUCCAUAGCUGCAGGCCAGGUGACUUCCAGCAGUCCUACCGUUACCUUAGUGCAGUUACCCAACGGUCAGACAGUCCAAGUGCACGGAGUGAUCCAAGCUGCCCAGCCCUCUGUCAUCCAGUCCCCACAAGUCCAGACUGUACAGAUUUCUACUGUUGCUGAGAGUGAGGACUCCCAGGAGUCUGUAGACAGUGUGACAGAUUCUCAGAAGAGGAGAGAGAUCCUGUCCAGACGGCCUUCUUAUAGGAAGAUUCUGAACGACUUAUCGUCAGACGUUCCAGCAGUGCCUCGAAUUGAAGAAGAGAAGUCAGAGGACGACACAGCACCUGCCAUCACCACAGUCACCAUGCCCACUCCCAUCUAUCAGACCAGCAGUGGCCAGUACAUUGCCAUUACCCAGGGUGGGGCCAUCCAGCUGGCCAAUAAUGGCACAGAUGGAGUGCAGGGCCUGCAGACACUGACUAUGGCCAACGCUACCACAGCCCAGCCUGGUGCUACCAUCCUGCAGUACGCCCAGACCAGCGACGGGCAGCAGAUCCUUGUACCCAGCAACCAAGUGGUCGUACAAGCGGCCUCUGGGGAUGUCCAGGCCUAUCAGAUCCGCACAGCGCCCACCAGCGCCAUCACUCCUGGGGUGGUCAUGGCGACUUCGCCUGCACUGGGCUCAGGAGGCGGCACUGAGGAAGUCACACGCAAAAGGGAGGUCCGACUAAUGAAAAACCGGGAGGCAGCCCGCGAGUGUCGCAGGAAGAAGAAGGAAUACGUCAAGUGUCUGGAAAACCGCGUGGCUGUGCUGGAGAACCAGAACAAAACCCUCAUCGAGGAACUGAAAGCCCUUAAAGACUUGUACUGCCACAAAUCUGAGUAGAAACGUCCCUGAAUGCCUGCCAGGGGCUCAACAGGUGCCCGUCUGUCCCCAUGUACAGAGACUAUGCACAGAGCCAUGCAUCUGGAUGCCACUUCCCCUUUUCUACUCGUUUGCUUUCUUUUUAAAAAACUGCUGAAAAAUUUGUGACUCAACAAGGAAUCCCAUGAAAAGGGGUGACAAGAUUAAGAAUGGAUGCUGAGGGGAGUACAACUACACAGGGUCCUUGUGGUGAAGCGACAGAACAGACAUUGAGGAUGUUCUUGUUGUAACGCCACCAAAGGGAAGCAUUCCAGUCCCUGGAGCCUGGACCAACUAGGCAGCAUCACCAGCAACGAGGGACUGCUCAGUUACCAUCACCACUAGCGACGGAACUUUUUACAGUUUGAUCUCCCCGAGACACUUGGAUCGUUUGGAGAGGUUACCUUCGUGUGCAACGUUUGUUAUUGUAACUGCUCUCCUGCAUUAACAUCUGUUACUUACUAACGCUCUGAACUGUAGAUGGGCUGUGUCAUGGAUAUUUUUAUCUUUUUAGCUAUGUUUUGGUUUAUUAUGUAUUGGAUUAUCAGCUUGCAUAAUGCCAUUGACUUUUUAUUUUGCUUUAAUUUACUUUGCCUUGAUACGACAUGAACAAAAAAGGCUAACCAUUACAUUGGGUUGUAAAAUGUUUUUUAUGUUAAAUGCAGCUUUAAAAAGACAUGGUGAUAAGAGGCUGUUUUUAAAAUGCAUGUUCCAGAUCAUAUUGCUGAGGCUCAUUGUUUUUGAUUUCUACCAAUCCUAACUAAAACGUCCCCAGAUUUAUAAAAGGAGCAGACUAGUUUAGAUUUCAAACUAGGAUUUUGUUUCCUGCUGUUCACUGUAGUUGUAAACGGGGUCCCCUAUGGCAUAAUAUGCCUCCUUUUGAUAGAAAUUGUUCAGAAAAAUGGAAAUAAGCUGCUGCUCAUGCACCAGAGUAUGCAAUAUAAACAAAAAAAUGAUAAACUAUGGUUUGUGCUAUAAGUGGUAUUUUAAAAUUUUUAUAUUAUGGAUUUUUCAAUCCAUUUUUUUUUCUCCAUGUUAUUAAUUCCUGGAUUAUUUUUCAAGAAAAAACAAAAAUAAUGAGCCUUACUUGUUUUGCGAUGAAAGUAAUAGUUUGCAAACAAAUUUUUGGAGCGACUCGGCCCGUCCCUGGAAUGGCGCAUUGGCUGGUAUGUUGGUGUAUUUUACAGUCGUUGAACAUGUAAUGUCACCACGUUUCUGUUAUUUGAAAAGUCUAAAUGAAUUCUGUAUCAGUGAAGCGAAAGCAAAAACAAUGCCUGCAGGUGGAGGUUGAUACAUUUUCUAAUAUGAAUCUGAGAUACCAGGACCCCUCUCUGUAGUGGUGACUGUUAAGGCAUCAGCGGAGGCUGUCCCCAAAUUAUGUUUACAGGAUUAGAGUGGAAUGCGCACUUUCCUUGCAUACACAAUCCUACUACGUUUAACAUGAUUUAACAGGAAAAGCUCAUGCAGCAGUAACAGGCAAACCCUGCUGCUGCAAAUCACCUGCCUCUAGGUAGCACUGCUAAAUUAGAUACAAAGCGUCCACAAGUGUUUUGUUUGUUAGUGAUUUUUAAGGCAUCAUCAAACAGUUGAUUUAGUUUCAGUUGUGUGGAGCGUCACAUCUCAAAGUACGACUCGAUUGCACCUUCUGGCACCCUGCGAAGGGAGUGUAAAGUGCGACCAAAUCAAACAAUGACUUCACAGUGAACAAAAUGGAUAUUUUCAUGAUAAUGGCAUGCCAUGUUGUAUUAUUUUAGAUGUUAUGUAUUGUCAUGACAGUAUGCUUUUUUUAUGUUGCUUUUCAUUAAUUUUGUAUUCACACUUUCUAAAUGUCAGCACCAACUUGUAUAAUACAAUGCAUUAUGUUAGAGCUAUUCAAAUAUUACAUUUUUGGCAGCUGUUAAUAAAUGUGUUUCUGGUAA